AUGAUUUAUAUUUUUGCACUUCUAUUAGUAGUAGAAAGUCAAAGUUAUGUAGGAUAAGCAGCUUGUGGUACACUAAGUGGUACUGGUUGCACAGGUUCAGGGUAUUGCAGACUUUCUGGUGCAAGUUGUGUGGAUCUUCCAUGUUAUAUGGUAAAUGAAGUAGCAGCUUGUAGAUCUGGACCAGUAGGCAGUGGAAUACCAACAGGAGCACUUUCAACAAAAUGUGAUUCUUUGGAAUAGUUUAGUUUACAAUAUGACAAUGUUUGUGUUGAUAAAGGAGAUGGUAAAUUAAAUUUUGCUUUUGUUCGUUUCACUAAAACCACAGAUGGAUCUGCAAUUUAAACUACAGGUUCAACAACAACAGCAAUUGCAGCAUUGACUUCAUCUGAAGCAAAUAUGUUUGCUUUAUAUACAAUAAAUCCAUGGAAAUCUCCAGAAGGAACUCAAGAUGCUGCUACAUUGAAAACAGAAUUGGAAGCAAUUUUAGACAAAUAUAUAGCAUUUCAUGCUAUAUUAAUAGAUACUACAAAUUCUCAUCCAUUCUAUUUAGAAAGAACUACUUACUAAGCCUUAUAAUUGAUAAGAGUAUUAUUAAUAAUAUUUAUGAUAGGAUUAUGUUGAUUUUACUUAUAUAUAAAGAAAAGCAAUAUUACCUAAAAUAUGGUAGGUUGCUGAAAUAGCUCUUUUUAGAAUUGCCAAAUUUUCACCUGCUUAUUAUUAAACGAACUAUUAUUUUAUUAAUUUUGCAUCAUGUCCUUAUUCAAGAAGAGAAUUAAAAAUAAAUGGUUAAUUAAAUGCUGUUAGAAUUGUUUGGGAUGCUACUUCAUAUACAGUUAAUGGAUAGAUGUAAGUCUAUUCUUAUGCUGCUGAAUAAUUUGGUAUUAGAAAUGCUCUUUCUGAUAUUAUUGCUCUUAGACCUACUACUUCAGUUACAACAUAAGCAACAAUCAGUUUAGACACUGGAUUCAAAGAUUUCUAUUUAGAAUGGACAUGGACUGAUACAAAUUUAGUUGUUGUACAAAAAAACAUUAAAUUAUAUUAAUUUGAUGAAAGUGCUACUCUUGCUACUGAUGUUGUCAAAUAAGUCACUACAACUAUUACAUGCACCAUUGAUACAAAGACUUGUAAAACAUCUACCUUCACUGUAUCACCAAUUACCUUAGCAUCUACAAGAAUCAAUUAUUAUUUUACUUAUGGCCCUGGUAAAUGUGUUGAUAAAUCAGAAAUUCAAUGCAAAUUAUCUAUCGAAUAAGGAGCACAAUGCAAUUAUAAUCCUUCUGGCUUGACUGAUUAUAAAUGCUCCUGAUUUAAUUAUUAAUAAAU